AUGGAGAACGAGGAGGCGCUUCCGACGAUCGUCACCCCAGGCCCGGAGCUGCGGGAGAAGGUGGAUGCCUUCGCCGCGCGGCUCAGUGCCUUGGACCGGCGCAAGGCGGAUGAGAUGGUGGCUAAGCUGCUCGCCUCGAGCAAGCGCAAUCAGUUCCUUUUCGUGGACACGUCGCACAUAUUUUACCCCUACUUUCUUAGCAAGCUGACAGAGUUUCGCCAGCACCCGGAGCUGCGGCCGCAGAAGCCGGGUGAGCGCAAGGACAAAGACGGCGCGGCAGGCAGCGAUAAGGGGGCGGCGACGACGAUGAAGGCCGGCACCAUCACUCGCACGAUGGGCGGUACCGCCGGCGACAAGAGUGACCCGCAGCGCGAGGAGUUGCUGCGUCAGGCUGAGGCAGAGGCUCGUCGAUACCUCGAGGAUCCGUUUCCGAACCACUACUCUCUGGACCGGAAGGCCGGCACCGUGGAUGUGACGGCGCUGUUGAUGGACGUGCUGUCGACGACAGCUCAAUACACCGCCAAGUACGGCGACAAGUUCCUUGCUGCCGUGCAGGGCAAGCAGCGGCACAACCCCAUGUUCCACUUUCUCCACGAGGACGACGUGCGGCACGACAUGUUCCGCAAGCUCGUCGAGUCCUACCGUCGCAUCUUGACCUUUGAUGAGGAGGAGACUGAGACGCGGCUGGAGAACUUGGAGUCGCAAUCGUACCUACUGGACACAGUUUGCGAGGAGAAGAAGAGGUAUGCCAAGGCGGCCCUGGCUCGCCGACGAGCCGCGCUGUUGACGGAUGAGGAGCUGCGCGGGCGCCUGCAGUGGGCGCUUUUCUCGGUGGUCAAGACCUUUCGGCUGAGCGACUUGCAGCUGGAUGGGCCGGUGCCCGAGACGGCAGCCUCGAAGCAGCGCAUAGCCCCGGCACCGAAUGCGAAUUUCAUUUCACCCGCGCUCACCUCGACGUCCAAGCCCAGAGCGACGGCAGCGGAGGCUCCUACAUCUGUGUCACCUGCUGCCGCUGCAAGCGGCGGGCUAACCACUGCCCGUGCCAACACCCUGCUGCACCCUCCUGGUGCAGCGUCGCCGUCGUUUGCACCGGUGUAUAUGAGCUCCACCCUGGUGAAGGGCACCGGGAGCAACGGAAAACGACCGCGAGAGCGAGGCGGGCAGAGGGAGGCUCAGGGACAAAGUUGA